AUGCCUCAUGCGACCGCCGCAGAAUACCAACACAUACAAGUGACUGAGCUCGCGCCCACUUUUGGCGCCGAAGUCUCGGGCAUCGACUUUAGCAAACCUGUCGAACCGCACGUGUUUGCCGAAGUGCUAGAUGCGUCGGCCAAAUAUGGCGUUUUAGUAUUUCGCAAGGCCGGCCUCGACGAUGAGCGACAUGUCGCAUUUAGUCGGUUAUUUGGCGAAUUGGACGAUGUGAAGCCGUACCUCACACUAGGUCGCAAGAACCGAUUUCCCUUUGACGAAUUAUUCGACGUCUCGAAUCAAGAGGACGACGGGUCCAUAGUCCAGAUUGGUAGUAGGAGAGAACAGAUGGGGAGGGGAAACUCCCUUUUCCACUGCGACUCUGCCUUCAACCCCCGUCGGGCUGGAUACUCUUUGUUGAGGGCGCACGAGUUACCCCCUCCAGGCCACGGAGGCAACACGGAGUUCGCAGACACGCGCACGGCGUUUGCCGAGUUGCCCGACGCGCUCAAGGCUGAGCUCGUCGAGAACGACUACGUCGGCGCCAACAGCCUCUGGCACAGUCGGCGCAAGGCGUGCCCCGAGUCCGAGUACUUGGCGUCGAUGGACCCGGAGGCGUUCCCGUUCGGACGGCACAAGGUCGUACAGCUCCACGGACCUUCGGGGAGGACGAACCUGUACAUUGCCAACCACCUUCACCAUCUGGAGCACCCGGACGGGACGCGCGUGCCGGAACCCCAAAGCACCGAGUUGAUCGAGGCACUCCUCGACCACGCGACGCAGGAAAGGUACGUGCUGAGCGUGGAGUGGAGGGACGUCGGGGACCUGGUUUGUUGGGACAAUACGGCCGUCAUGCACAGGGCGGGCGAGGGAACCUUCCAGGGCAAGUUCAAACGGGACAUGCGUCGGACGACGGUUCACGAUGGGAGUAGUAGCGCCUGGGGCAUGAAUGAGAGGUCGACAAAGAGGAUGGGGAUGCCUUGA